AUGUCCUUUAAUAUCGAAAGCGUCCCAACAAAACCAUAUGAAGAUCAAAAACCAGGUACUUCAGGUCUUCGUAAGAAAACCAGAGUCUUCAAAGACAAACCACAUUAUACUGAGAACUUUAUCCAAGCCAUCAUGGAUGCCAUCCCUGAAGGUGCAAAGGGUGCCACUUUAGUUGUUGGUGGUGAUGGUCGUUACUACAAUGAUGUCAUCUUACAUAAGAUUGCUGCAAUUGGUGCCGCUAAUGGUGUCAAGAAAUUAGUCGUUGGACAACAUGGUCUAUUAUCAACUCCAGCUGCUUCUCAUAUAAUGAGAACUUAUGAGGAGAAAACAACAGGUGGUAUCAUCUUGACUGCAAGUCAUAAUCCAGGUGGGUUGGAAAAUGACAUGGGUAUAAAAUACAAUUUAUCUAAUGGUGGUCCAGCUCCUGAACCUGUCACUAAUAAGAUUUGGGAAAUUUCCAAAAAAAUGACACAUUAUAAAAUUAUCAAGGAUUUCCCUGAACUAGAAUUGGAAACUUUGGGUAAGAAUAAGAAAUAUGGCCCUUUAUUAGUUGAUGUUAUUGAUAUUACAAAAGCUUAUGUGGAUUUCUUGAAAGAGAUUUUCGAUUUCGAAUUAAUUAAGAAAUUUAUUCACAAUCAACGUGAAAAGAAACAUUGGAAACUAUUAUUUGACGGUAUGAACGGUGUCACAGGUCCAUAUGGUAAAGCUAUUUUUGUUGAUGAAUUCGGAUUACCAGCAGAUGAAGUUUUACAACAAUGGCAUCCACAACCAGAUUUCGGUGGUGUUCAUCCAGAUCCAAAUUUAACAUAUGCCAAGGCUUUAGUCGACAGAGUGAAUCGUGAGAAGAUUGAGUUUGGUGCUGCUUCUGACGGUGAUGGUGAUAGAAAUAUGAUUUAUGGUGCAGGUCCAGCAUUUGUCUCGCCAGGUGAUUCUGUCGCAAUCAUUGCUGAAUAUGCCUCUGAAAUCCCAUAUUUCAAGAAACAAGGUAUAUAUGGGCUAGCACGUUCUUUCCCAACUGCAAGUUCUAUUGAUCGUGUUGCAAAGGCACAUGGAUUGAACUGUUACCAAGUUCCAACCGGUUGGAAAUUUUUCUGUGCUUUAUUUGAUGCCAAUAAGUUAUCUAUUUGUGGUGAAGAAUCAUUCGGUACCGGGUCCAACCAUGUUAGAGAAAAGGAUGGUUUAUGGGCCAUUAUUGCUUGGUUGAACGUUUUGGCAAUUUACAAUAAACAUAACCCAGAAAAGGAUGUUUCCAUCAAAAUUAUACAAGAUGAAUUCUGGAAUAAAUAUGGUCGUACUUUCUUCACGCGUUACGAUUACGAACAUGUCACUACUGAAGCUGCUGGGAAAGUGAUUGACCAAUUAAGAAAACAUGUAGAAAGCUCCAACUUUGUUAAUUCCAAGUUUUCAGCAGAUGAAACUUUGACCGUUACUGAUGCGGGUGAUUUCUCGUACACUGAUUUGGAUGGUUCUGUAUCUGCCCAUCAAGGUUUAUAUUUCAGACUAUCGAAUGGUUCUAGGGUUGUAGUUAGAUUAUCUGGUACAGGUUCUUCAGGUGCAACUAUUAGAUUAUACGUAGAAGAAUACACUGAUGAUAAAAGUCAAUAUGGGAAAUUGGCAGAUGAUUAUUUGAAACCAACAAUUAGUUCUGUUGUUAAAUUUUUGAACUUAAAGGAGUUUAUUGGUACUGAAGAACCUACUGUCCGUACUUGA